AUGCGAAGUUGGGAGCAACAGCCUCUGCAAUCGCACUCGCCCUCGGCCGACCUUGGUAAUAAGAAAUCGUACAUCCUCAAGAAAUGCAUAGCCCUCCUCAACUCGUGCGCCUCAUCCCUCCCCAAGCUGAGGCAACUCCACGCCUUCGCCAUCAGGCGCCGCGUUCCCAUCUCUUGUCCGGACCUGGGCAAGCACCUCAUCUUCGCUCUCGUCUCCCUCUCGGGCCCCAUAAUGCCCUACGCCCACAAGGUGUUCGAUCAAAUUCCCGACCCCAACAUAUUCACUUACGACACCAUGAUCAGAGGCUACGCUGAGAGCGACCACCCGGCCCGAGCCCUACACGUCUACACCCAGCUGCGCGCGAGCUCGGCCCGGCCCGACACCCACACCUACCCUUUCCUUCUCAAAGCCGUUGCUAAACUAACGGUCCUGAGAGACGGCGAGAGGGUCCACUGCGCUGCUCUCAAAGACGGGUUUACCUCUCUGAGAUUCGUUCAGAACGCUCUAAUCCAUUUCUACGGUGCUUGUGGCCAAGCAAAGAGCGCUCACCAAGUGUUCGACAAAAUUCCUCGAAAGGACCUCGUGGCCUGGAACUCUAUCAUCAACGCGUACCGCCUCAACGGCAUGCCCGACGAAUGUUUAACACUUUACAGAAGAAUGAGCUCGGAGAGUAUUAGUAGUAGUACUGUCGUGAAGCCCGACGGCUUCACACUCGUCAGCUUGCUGACCGCGUGCGCCGAUCUCGGCACUUUAGCCCUCGGCAGGCGGGCCCACGCGUACAUGUCCAAAGUUGGCCUCGACACAAACCAACACGCCGCAAACGCCCUUCUCGUAAUGUACGCAAAAUGCGGCCACAUGGCAGAGGCAGAGAGGUUGAGGGUUGAGGAAGGUUAUGAUCCCGGGACUUUGGGAGUGCUUGCAGAUGUGGAGGAAGAGGAGAAGGAAGAUGCUGUGAUGCACCACAGUGAAAAGAUUGCGGUCGCGUUUGGGCUUAUCAGUACGCCGCCUGGAGCGCCUAUAAGGGUUGUUAAGAAUCUCAGGAUUUGUACGGAUUGCCACCUGGCGAUCAAGAUGGUUUCGAGAGUUUUUCGGAGGGAGAUUGUGGUGAGGGACUGCAGCCGGUUUCAUCAUUUUAGGGAUGGGAAGUGUACGUGUAAGGAUUAUUGGUAG